AUGGCGGAAACGUCGUCGGAUCCGGUGAAAGAGUUCGAAAAAUGGAAAAAGAAAUACAAUUUGAAGAAAGCUCGCGUCAAGCGUGAACGUGGCGAGAAGAAGCCCGGCUGGCAAGUGGAACGCGAGAACAUCGAGCGACUAGUGAGCAGGUAUGCUGAUAUUAAGAGUGAGGAAGUGGUCAAGUUCUCCGACUUCCCUAUUUCCAAGAAAACCCUAUUGGGUCUGCAAUACUGUCAGUACCGGCAACCCACGGAGAUCCAGAAGCAGACCAUCGGGGUGGCCCUGCAGGGCAAAGACGUGCUGGGAGCCGCCAAAACUGGAUCAGGCAAGACUUUAGCUUUCCUCAUCCCCGUGCUGGAGAUUCUCUACCGGCAGCAGUGGAGCUCGGCGGACGGCUUGGGCGCCCUUAUCAUCUCGCCCACCAGGGAGCUGGCCUACCAGACCUUCGAGGUGCUCCGCAAGGUGGGACGCAACCACGACUUCUCGGCGGGGUUGGUAAUCGGCGGCAAGGAACUGAAGAACGAGUCGGCGCUUAUCCAUCGCACCAACGUAGUGGUGUGCACCCCUGGCCGGCUGCUGCAGCAUAUGGACGAGACGGCCAACUUCCACGCGUCUGACCUGCGGGUGCUGGUGCUGGACGAGGCCGACCGUAUCCUGGACAUGGGCUUCGCUACCACCAUGGACGCCAUCCUGGAGAACUUGCCGGCGGGCCGCCAGACGCUGCUCUUCUCCGCCACGCAGACCAAGUCGGUCAAGGACCUGGCACGCCUCAGUCUCAAGGACCCGGAGUAUGUGUGGGUACACGAGAAGGCCCGGUUCAGCACGCCGGCCACGCUGGAGCAGAGCUACGUGGUGUGCCAGCUUCACCAGAAGGUCGACUUGCUCUUCUCCUUCAUUCGGAGUCACCUCAAGAAGAAGAUCCUAGUCUUCUUUGCCUGUUGCAAGGAGGUGCAGUUCCUCUUCCGCAUCUUCUGCCGCCUGCGUCCGGGCCUCCCCGUGCUGGCGCUGCACGGCAAACAGCAUCAGAUGAAGCGGGUGGAGGUCUACGACGACUUCCAGCGCAAGAAGAACGCCGUGUUGUUUGCCACCGACGUGGCCGCCCGCGGGUUGGACUUCCCCGCCGUCAACUGGGUGCUGCAGUACGACUGCCCCGAGGACGCCGACACCUACAUUCACAGGGUGGGGCGCGCCGCCAGGUACAAGGAGAACGGCGAGGCGCUGCUCCUGCUGCUGCCUUCCGAGGAGGAAGGGAUGGUCGCCCGGCUGAGGGACAAGAAGGUGCCUGUCAACAAGAUCCAGGUGAAUUCCGAGAAGCUCCAAAACGUUCAGCAAAAGUUGGAGUCCUUCCUCGCUCAGGAGCAGGAGCAGAAAGAGCGCGCCCAACGUUGCUUCGUCUCCUACCUGCGCUCCGUCCACCUGAUGAAAAACAAAGAUGUGUUCGACGUCUCCAAGCUACCGCUGCGCGAGUACGCACGUUCUUUGGGCCUGGCGGCGCCGCCCAGAGUGCGCUUCCUCAACAAGGCCGAUGCGCAGAAGAAAACCGAGGAGGAACCGAGCAGCUCCGAAGACGACGGCGGCAAUGAUGGGUAAGCCUGUCGCGAUAUGCGGUCAAUUAAUCGCACGAUAAAUGCAAAUGAAGUCCUGGCUGUGAUUUGUCACUGCGUGCGUAUUACAUUUUCGCAUGUCGACGAUGGCGACGAACAUUUUUCACGGCAACAUAAUAACGAGCCUAAAGAUGAGGAUUUCGCCAAAGCGCUCCACGUUGACGAGGAGGAGGAUGACGACCUGAAGGAUUUGGACUUCCUCACCCUCAAACGAAAAGAUGUCUUCAACGCAGAGGAACCCGAGCAGAAGCAGUCGGACGUCACCGGCGAGAAAAGCGUCCAAAAAAGCAGCAAGUUCGCGGAGGCCAAGAAGAUCACCAAGAGGAACUUCAAAGUCAACACCAAAGUGGCCUUCACGGAAGAAGGCCAAGCCGUGCAGGUGUGGCCUCCCGUGCAGCGGCUUGCGACGGCGGAGGAUGACGACGAGGACGAGUCUGGGAUCGACGUGGACAAAGCCAAGGAACGUCUGAAGAAGGAGGACCAGGAGUUCGACAAGCCCGAGUACAGCCGCAAGGUGAAGGCCAAACACCGCGAGAAGAGGCUGAAGGCUAAAGCGGCGAGGAGGGAAGCUAGCAAGCAGCGCGGCGGGAAAUCCGACGAUGACGAGGAGGAAGAUGAGGAGGUGGUGGCGUAUCUCGCCGACAACGGGGAGGAAGAGUUCGACCCUGACACGCUGCCGGAUCCGGACAAAUGUCACCGGGAUGAAGAUCAGUGUGGCGUUAGCAGUAGCGAGGAGGAGGAGGAGCCACCAGUGAGGAAGAGGAAGAAAGCCAGAAAGCAUGAGGAAGAGGAGGAGGAGGAGCCUGCAGGACUGUCGCUGGCUGAGGACGAGGAGCUGGUUCUGCAGCUGCUUUCGGGGCGGCCAUUUUAG